CUGUCACUGAAGAUAUGAUACAUAGAAUCGAAACCCGUAAUUCAAACUAUUCAUUAUCGACCAAAACCCAACGAGUUUAUUGAUCGUAUCCAAAACGUCGAUAACAUCAACUAAUAGCCCAUUAUGUUCUCUCCUCCUCAACAUCAACAUGAUACUGCAUCAGCAUCCUCGUCCAGAACUACCAGAUCAUCACGAGACAAACACAACAACAAGAAAACAGAGCCUAUUCCAACUUCAACCCCUCGACAGCCAGACGAAAUCGAAGAAGCGGAUACGACAGUACCAGUAAAGACGUAUCAACCAAAGCAGAAGCAAAAAAGAGUUGAACCGUCACCUGACAAAGAUACCGACGAUGCCGAGAGUGUAUAUCUAUCAUCCGACGAAGACACAUCAGAUGAAGACUCCUCAGACUAUGACUCAGACUCAGAAGGUAGCGUGGAAGAGCUGCCUCCUCGACAACUAUCGAGGAGAGCAACAGAUCGAGGUGUAAAAACAACUCCUGGGUCGCCAUUCACAAUCACCCAGACACGAAGCGAAACUACUCGCUGGAUAUCAACACAGAACAAUGGAGGUAUGAUGCGAGGGGCCAGAACUAUCAACCAGCAGACAACAUUGCAUGGACAGAACGUCAAUGGACCACAGCCAAGACCGAGCAAUAGGAACAGUAUCAGCUUCAACAUGAGCGUCAACGUUGACAUGUCCUUCAACGGCCUCGUCACAGGCCGGAACCUGGGCUUCACAGGGGGAUCACUAUCAUAUGCAUGGAGCCGGCGUAACACGCAAGGGGGUUGAUGUCCUCUCUUUUCAUGUGGACUAUUUGACUAUAGGCAACCAAAUUAUUAAUGACAACUUUGAAGGUGGGAUUUUAGGU